UAAUAUUAGAUCACCAGCCCCGGCACUUACCAAUUCAAAUUUGAUUUUCAUAAUAUUAGCGCUAAAUCUGAAAAUAUAUGGAUAGUUCGAAUAAAUCGUCACGAAAGGGGUUGCAAAGCAAAAAGUCAGAUAAAGAAAAGGAAAAAACUCCAGCAGUUGGAUGUGAAAUUGACUUCAUCGCUGACGGAGUAAACGAGAAACCACAGAAAAACACUCAGUCAAAGAAAAUAAAAACUAAAUCAUCAAUAAAAUGGUCAUCGGGAAACAAAGACAAAAAAAAAUCUGGAAGAAGUAAAAGCACCACAUCUAAUGACUCGAAAGUAGAAACAGCCACGGAGCUCUGGAAAUCAAUUCUAUUAUGCACCGAUGAGUACAUCGACCAAAAAAAUGACGCAAUGAACCAAUUGAAGAAAGAUGGCAGUAUGACGCCAAAACACAUAGAAGAAAUACGAAAACUCGAGAUUCUGAUUAGAAGUAUUAAAUUUUACAAAGAUUCCUUAUCGGCCGCUACACAAAAUAUCGGUACAGAAGACGACGUGUAUGUAGAAGAUUCGCCUAUGUUUGGUCAACUCAGACUGGGAAUUGCAGGAAUAAAAGAAUGUACAAAGCUAAAACACGGAGAUCAUUGCGAAGCACUGCUUAUGCAUGACAACAAGAAAAAUCGAUUCAAAGGACAAGUAAUCUCAGAGAAUGAAGUCAAUUGGAAUCCGAAAGAAAUUGUCCUGAAUCUGAACAACUGUGAUGCCAUUGCAAUAAAGAUAAUGGAACCUGGAAUAUUCGGUAAACUAUCGAGCAUCGGAAACGCAACAAUUGACGUCAUCAAUCUUAUAUCAUCUGAAAAUCGGAUGUUCGAAGUUACCUUAGACAAAGAUCAAAAAAUGAGGCUCAAUAUUUUGCACGUAUGGAUACCAUUCAACUUUAACAUGAUUCCGGCCAAAUAUCUUGUUAAACCUGAUAACAAUGCCAAUACUGAAACAAAAACUUCAGAUAAAAGCAUUGAAAAUGAAGAAUUUGAAAAUUUGAGUAAUCACGAAACAAAUUUCGAUGAUUAUGAAUCUUCUGAAAGAUCUCAUGAUACUUCAAUUAUGAGAGAAAAUGCAAAAUUAGAAGAAAUUUUUCUCGAAAAAAUGCAUGAAAAUGCAAAACAUGUGAUGAUGUCGUCACAAGAUCCAGAAAAUACUGAAAACUUGGAAACAGAGGUAAAUGGAAAUGAAGAAACAGAUAAAAAUGUGUGGGCAGAAGCUCUUUGUCGUUGUAUGGUAUUAAAUUGUUCACUGGAUGAUCAUAGAGGAAGAUACACCGAGUUACAACUAUUAGAAACAAUGGUGUUGGAAAUAUUAGAAAAUUUGAAGAAUUGUUGCAAUCCAAACGAGCGGUAUAUUUUUGAUGAAUUAUUGUUUUAUAUUCAAUCACAAAAUCAACUGGAUGAGAUAUUCGAAUCAGAUGAAUUGGAUCCUAAGUAUGUCUUGUCGAAGUUUGCCGUCAUUCAAUUUAAAGAUGAGCAAGAAAUCGCUUACAGCGCAAUAUCGAGUCAUUUGAAAUAUAUCAUUGAAUAUCUCAAGGAUGUUGGAUCGUAUGGUUAUCUAAACAUUAAAGAAGUGAUAGCGGUUCACAAGUUAAAUCGACAGGGAAAAAUUUUGAAGCAAAUUUUGGAUGUUGGCUGCAAUCCCGAUAUGCAGUUAGAAGAUUUUCCGGACCUUGUCAAAAGAAGAACCUUAUUAGAGUUGUGGAGAUCAUGCUGCGAUGGAGAAACAGAGUUGUGUGUUAGUUCUAAAAUAUUAUGCCUGGAAUUUGAAUCAGAAUUUGGAAGAGAAGUAAAAAGAAAACAUCCCGAUGUUGUUAACAAAAUAUUUCCAGAACUUGUACGAAGAAUAAUUGGACUGAAUAUUCAAAACACGGAUGAUUAUUCGGUAACAAUAUUUCAAUUAUUGCUGUACUCUGAAGAAAUGUCAACUGAAGGUGAAAUAGAGGAUUUUGCAAAAACAGUUGACAAACUUGCCUUGGAAAUGUUUAUAACUUCAACUCUUCGAUCAGAUAACACUGAUCUGAUAUUAAUUGCAAUCAAGAAAGUUGGAACUCUUCUUGCGUUAAGAACAAGCAACUUAUGUGCUUUAUCUCACUUGCUUCUUAGUCCGGAAAAAAUGGUCAGAGCUGCCGCAGCCGCCCAUAUCAUGCAUAUUGGUAAAGAUGUAUCACUUCGCGACAAGGCUUUAGUGUCUUAUGCGGAAUUAUUGGAAUCGAAUAUCAAACGAGAUAGGCAAAGUUCGUGCAUUGCCUUGGGUUUCCUUGGCGGGAAAGAAUGCAUCCCUCAACUCAUGCAAUUAUAUCACUGUGAUAUCGAUGCCGAUGUAACAGAAGCAGCAGCUCAUGCACUUACAUCAAUUGGUGAAGAAGGAAAAUUAGCUCUAGAGCAUGCUUCAUCUACUUUACUCGCUCAAACAAUGAUACGGAAGAACACUGUGAAAAUAGCAAUGAGAUUGGGAACGGCAUUAUAAAGAAUUAUGACAUUGAGAUUGAAUAUGCAGUUUGCGAUAUUGAUCAACCUCAAGAAAUUUUGCAUUAAAUGAAUUUUUUAUAUAUAUAUAACUAGUGUAAUGAAGAGUUACUUUAAUAUGUUGUAGACUGCUUAUGUGUCAACAUCUUUAUUUUCACGUUUAUAUCUCAACAAAUAAAAUUUAAUGGAAGAAGCUAGCCAAGGUUAUUA